AUGGGGGGUGCGGCCCGGUGGCUCAGGCGGUUGGAGUGCCUUGAUCCUAAUGCCGACGUCACCGUGGCAGCACUGGAGCUCAGGUCCGUCGACCUGCACAGCCCCAGGAACAACAAGGGGCAUCACACGCAGGAGAUGGGCCUGAAGCGGCUCAUCGUGCGCCGGGGCCAGCCUUUCGUGCUCCAACUGCAUUUCAACCGUCCCUUCCACCCUGGGACUGACCGCGUCAUCUUCGUGGCUGAGACUGGACCGGCACCCAAGGAGCUUCUGGGAACACGAGCCACGUUCUCACUCACCAAGACCAGAGGAGGGAAUGUCUGGAGUGUUUCUGAUUUCACCAUUGACUCAAAUUCACUCUUUGUCUCCCUUUUCACACCAGCCAAUGCAGUCAUUGGCUAUUAUACUCUAAAGCUAGAGAUCUCUCAGGGCCAGGGUCACGGUGUGACUCACCUGCUGGGGACUUUCAUCCUGCUUUUUAACCCUUGGAGUUCAGAGGAUGACGUCUACCUGCCAAGUGAAAUACUGCUGCAGGAGUACAUCAUGAUGGACUAUGGCUUUGUGUACAAGGGUCAUGAAAGAUUCAUCACCUCCUGGCCCUGGAACUAUGGGCAGUUUGAAGAGGACGUCAUAGAUAUCUGCUUUGAGAUCCUGAACAAGAGCCUGUACUUCUUAGAGAACCCGUCCAAAGAUUACUCCCAGAGGAACGACGUGGUGUAUGUCUGCAGGGUGGUGAGUGCCAUGAUCAACAGCAACGAUGACAACGGUGUCCUGCAGGGGAAUUGGGGCGAGGACUACUCCCUGGGGGUCAGCCCCCUGGUGUGGAAUGGCAGUGUGGCCAUCCUGCGGCAGUGGGCAGCCAGGGGCGGGCAGCCUGUGAAGUAUGGACAGUGCUGGGUUUUUGCAGCUGUCAUGUGCACCGUAAUGAGAUGCUUAGGUGUUCCAACCCGUGUUGUUUCCAAUUUCCGUUCUGCACACAACGUGGAUGGGAACUUGACCAUCGACACCUACUAUGACCGAAAUGCCGAGAUGCUGUCAACUCGGAGACAAGACAAAAUAUGGAAUUUCCAUGUCUGGAAUGAGUGCUGGAUGAUCCGAAAAGAUCUCCCACCAGGAUACAAUGGUUGGCAGGUCCUGGAUCCCACUCCGCAGCAAACCAGCAGCGGGCUGUUCUGCUGUGGCCCAGCUUCUGUGAAGGCCAUCAGGGAAGGGGAGGUCCACCUGGCGUAUGACACCCCAUUUGUGUACGCGGAGGUGAACGCCGAUGAAGUUGUUUGGCUCCUUGAGGAUGGCCAUGCCCAAGAAAUCCUAGCCCAUAACAGCAGUUCCAUUGGGAAGGAAAUCAGCACCAAGAUGGUAGGCUCAGACCAGCGUCAGAAUAUCACCAGCUUCUACAAGUACCCAGAAGGAUCCCCUGAGGAGCGGUCUGUGUUCAUAAAGGCUUCCCGGAAAAUGCUGGGCUCAAGAAAGGCCCUUUCACGCCUCCUGGAUCUGCUGGGGUCUGGGGGCUUUCAGAAUCAGCCGGUGCAGCUGCAGCUUCACCUGGCCAGGAUGCCUGAGUGGGGCCAGGACGUGCAACUGAAGCUGCAUGCCCACAGGGUGCCAGACAGAGCCCACCCCCAGGGUCCCAUCAGACUGGAGGUGCGCUUCUGUGCGCAGGCCCUGCUGCACAAUGGUAGCACCCGGGAGCCCCUCUGGAGGCAAAAAGUGCACUUAAACCUGGACUUCGGGGAGGAGGUGCAGUGGCCACUCUUGCUGCCCUAUGACAAUUACAGAAACAAGCUGACGGAUGAGAAGCUGAUCCGUGUGUCUGGCAUUGCCAAGGUGGAGGGGACGAGGAGAUUCCUACUGGUCCUGAAAGAUGUCUCUCUGGAGCCUCCCCACUUAUCUAUUGAGGUGUCUGAGAGGGCUGAGGUGGGCAAGGCACUGAGCGUCCACAUCACCCUCACCAACACCCGGACGGUGGCUCUGAGUCACUGCACAAUGGUGCUAGAGGGAAGUGGCCUCAUUCAUGGGCAGAUAGCUAACGACCUUGGGACUCUGGCGGCCGGAAACACCAUCCAAAUUCACCUGGACCUCUACCCCUUCAAAGCUGGACACCGCCAGCUGCAAGUACUCAUCAGCAGCAACGAAGUCAAGGAGAUCAAGGGCUAUAAGGCCAUCUUCGUAUCUGCAGCCAGGGCUUCCUGAGCC